AAGGAGGUCAUGUUCGAAAUGAGAUAAGAGGAAGGACACUUACCAUGCAGGAUGACUCUUCACAAGCACUGCGAGUCAGAUCGGACACUACUUUCGCACUUUCUUUGAGGCUUGGGGACCUCAUUGGGGAGCUCCGCGAGUCUACCGACCAUCUACAAAACGUCCGCGCCCGUGUCGCGAACGCUUUAGCCGCCACGGGUGCCGCCAUCCUGCACGUUGUUAAUGAAUGCAUUCGUCUUCGCACGACCCGGAUUGGAAUCGAUUUGACCCUUGACCUAGUCGAAGAGGAACUUCAAAUCGAACGUGGUCUAAUUUUGGAUGCUAUCAACCAACUGGAAACGUUCGAGGAUCAGGUUCGAGAACAAAUCGGGAUACAACGCGGUGUGAAAGAGAAUCUCGAGCGGGACUGGAGCGACAAAAUGGUCGCUUUUCGAAUUGACGAAGCUGCCUACAGGAUGCUGCCAGGGUCACGAGAAACCGUCACGAUGCUGAGAUACCCGGCAGUGGCGAGAUUCCCGGAAGGCAUGGUGGACAUCCCCGUCUGGGAGGUCCGUUUCCAGGAAAAUGUCGCCCUGGCGGAAAAACAGAUCCAGUCGGGGAGGCAAUUAAGGGACAAAUGUGCCCCGUUCUUGUCCAGCUUGGCCGUUCAGCUUCAAAGGCAAAGUGACCGGGUGGAUGACGCCUUGAAGAAGCGGAUUUACGAAACAGAGUCGCAAAAGGGGAGACUUGAACAUCAACUGAAAUUGGUUUUGCAAGAAAUGGUCAAAAGUGAGGAUUCCAUUGCCCAAUUGAGAUCAGCCCUUCGCGUGGAUCCGCUCGAAGCUGGGAUGCGUCUGGCUCAAACGCGUCUUUAUAAUAGGACGUUUCGACCGUGUGAGGAGAUGACGAGGGAUGUGGCGCAGUUUAAAUUGAUCAACGAAGUUCAGGAGCUCAACGUGUCGCGGGACGCGCUACAAGCGCAAGUUUCCCAGGGGGAGGGUGCCCUCCAAGUCUUGCGCGGAAUCAGGAUCGGUCUAGAGAAAGAGAUCGCGGUCAAAGAUCACAGCAUCGUCGUGGAUAAAGAGAGAUGCCUCACGGUUCGGGGAUUAUAUCCCAGUUUAACCGUACUAAUGGGAAAGUAAAUAAGCGUUUGAAACGAAAUGUAGGAAAGGGGUGAAACCACACGGAAUUGUAAAAAGCGUGUCGAUUUCUGACAUCCUCGCACCAAAUGAAACGAAAAAUUCGACAUCUUUGACCUUUGACCUCAUUACCGUGACCAGGGUUCGGAAAAACCCAGGGUUUUA